UUCGUCAUCAGUCUGAUAACCGUCACCUAACAUACUACGCGCUCCCUCCCACACGAUGUACAAGUACAACAUUAUUCCCGUCAGGGUCGGUAGAAAUGAGUCCCAGGCCACCACCGAGAGUACUCCAGCUUCUCCUCCACAUGAGAUAUGACUAGAGGCUCCCGAGAGUGAGGAUCACCAAGUCGAUAACUUUGCCAGGCUUGGGACCUCAUGGCCCAGUUGACUCGAGAACCCAGAAGGGUCAGCUGGGCGGGCUGAUACUUCUGAAUGGAGGACUUCUGCCACAUUCCACGCUAGCGAGGAAAAUGAGGGUUCAGAUAACAAUAGUGUAAGCUGCUCAGGUUACUACAGCGACCUUACGGCCUCUGAUAUAGGAGUGAACGAGAAGUUUCAGCCCAAGGCGGUCUUGACCAAAAACGGGUCGUUUUCUGGAGCCACCAGCGACUGGUGGGAAAGCGAUGACAGCGGCGACGACAGCGACUGGGGAGAGGACGAGUGGCCUCUAGACCACCCCAUUCCCCUCCCCAAGUGGGGCUGUGACCGUCCGGAAUUGAAAUUCGACAACGAAGGGCAAUAUCAGGAGUUCCUUAACAAAGCCACCAGUUACCUGCAGCAGUGCCUCUCUUCACUUCCAUACGACACACUGUCCAACUUCUUAGUUUUCAGCACAAAGUAUGUCUACUCACGAGAUGAAUAUAGCAAUCUGAAAGACUUCUUCAGGGACUACGACACCCCUCUGAUACCCGGAUGUUUUACCUGCGUUGGUCUUGCUCUUGACCUGUCUUCCCGGUUAUCUCAUAUGGAAAAGAUGUACCCAGGAAUUAAGGAUGCCAUGUACCAAGUAUCUUGCGAAGAGACAGUGAAGAACAUAGACGAGUUCCACACAGAGUUACCACCGCCCAGAUCGUCCCUAAUCGAACACGUCUUACUCUGCAUCAAGAUAAGGAUAUCUGACCGUGCUGGCGUGACCUUAUUUGACCCCGGCUACCACGUUUCGCAGCCCAUCACAGUCAUGGAGGACGGUCUGGCCCCACACAGCGACACAGUAAUGGGAAGCUCGACGCGACAUGACGUCGUGCGGACUUACCGGUACAACUACCUUCCGGGCAGCUCCACCAUCAUUGCGUGGACGACUCGAGAAGAAAGGCCUGGAAAGCCUGACGUCGUCACCUCUAACCGAAUCCAUCCGAAGCAGCCCUUUCUGUCGUGCGUCGACAUCGCAGAACGUCGGAACCUCAUCUACGGAUUUAAGUCCCUGUUAGGACGCGACAGCAAGGGGCAACUGAGGUGGGGCUUAUACUUCGCAGUCAAAGAGUGUUCCGAGGCCUCGGUCACUUUCUUCCACCAAGAAGGCGACAAACCCACCCACAAGAAGUUUCCAAUGAGCUGUUUCCUGACGGAAGACGUUGGUGUCGAUGGCCUCGAAGAAACUCUGGCAGCUGUGGCAAAGGGAUUAGGCAGAAGCGCGAGAAGUCUGCGAACAAGUCUGCGAGUUCUGGCGAAUUUACUGUGCGACUCUCAGUAUGUCCAGGAACUGUUGACAAUGGAUGAAGAGAUCAACAGCCUAACACAGUAGCCUUUUCUGUUGAUUUUUUUUAUUCUUCUUAAGGUUUUGAUGUCUGAAUCACUAAGAUGUAAUCGCAUACUUACCCUUUUGCAUCAUCAUGUUUCUAUAUUAAAAGUACGGAGCUUGGUACAUGUAUACUCCAUGUGAUUAUUGUCUUUGCAAUAAACUACUAUGGACCUCUUCCACAGCAAGUGCAAGACUUUAUUUGCAAUUGUCUCCUGAGAGACAGGUAACUGUAUGCACUGACACAGUAGCAUACCAGUUGAACUGAAUGUGGCAGAAGUUACCUACCAUUAUGAAGUACAGUUUUGGCAAAUAAAAUAUAGUCCUCAAAACCCC